AAAUACAAGAAAAAAAUUUAUGAAUCCAUUACAUGCUCCAUCUAUGAUCCGGAAUCCAAUUUAGAAUAAAAAUAUCUUCAUAUUUUUAGGCAUUUGAAAGAGUAUACUCCCAUUGUUGUUUGAUGAAUUAAUCAAUCUAAUCUCUGGAAUAACAUUCUAAACAACGACUGCAACAAAAAAAAAAUCAUAAUGUCCAGCUUUAGUGAAGCAAAUUUAGUAAAAAAAUUGGAAACUGUUACUAGCAGUCAGGAAAGUGUUCAAUCAUUAUCAUUAUGGGUUCUUCAUUAUCAGAAACAUUAUAAAAAAAUUGUCGAUCAAUGGCUUAAAUACUAUACUAAAGAAAAAAGUGAUCGUCAAUUAGUGCUGUUCUAUCUGGCCAAUGACAUUGUGCAGAAUGCUAAGAAGAAAAAUCUAUCUCAUUAUCUAAGUGAAUUUAUGAACGCUUUGCGUGAAGCAUGUAAAGUGACAAAUGAUGAAAAAAUAAUGAACGUUAUACAUCGUAUUCUAAACAUCUGGCAAGAACGAUCUGUUUAUAAUAAGGAAUUCAUUAAUGAAUUGCGAGAAUUGCUUUGUGGAGAAAAAAUCGAAGCCGAAGUCAUUUCCAAAAUUAUCUCAGAUUUUAACCUUAAUGAUUUGAUCAAUCAGAUUGUCAAUGCUACAAAAGUUGAGCAAUCUACUCGUGCAAAAUAUCAAAAUCUGAUUAAUUGUAAAUUGGAUUUCGCCAAUUCUGAUUUGCUCAACAAACUCAAAGACAAGUCGUAUGGAGAACAAUGUAGUAAAGAAUUGGAUGAUGCAACCAAAUGUUUAGAAGCGGCUAAAGUAGCCAUUGAAAAAGAGAUUGCUACUCGAAAAGCUUUGUUAACAGUUUUAGAGAAAAGUAAAAUCUAUUAUGAUAUACAGAUGAAAGAAUCGAAAGCAAUAGCCGAAACAUUUAACAAUUGUGAAGUACGACUGCGACAAGUACAAUCAAAACUGAAUAAUUAUGGCUACAAUUUUUCUAGUCUGAAUACUCCGCCAGAAAUGAAUGCUUCUCAGUUAUCAUCAGUGUUGAAUUUUUUUCAGCAAACAGAUAAUCAGCAAGUUAGUAGCCUGGAUAAACGUCUAACAAGUCUUAUGUCUGGUGCAGGACCAUUUCCAUUGAAUCCUGUAAUAUACGGUCAAAGUAAUAAAAAUUUGUCCAGAGAUGUCAACCAAAUUGAAUCAGUUAUCACAACGCGAUCGUUUGGGAAUGAAAAUCCUGUCGAAAAUUUUGAACCAGCCGACAUGGAUCUUGGUGAUUCCGAAGAUGAAGACCGCCAUUCGAUAGAUCCGGCACAAAAAUCUUUAUUGCCACCUUUAUCAUCGUUCAUUGGAACGCCAGAUAUGGCCGGGCCAUAUUGUUUCAUACCACCACCACCUCCUCCUCCAAUUCCUCCUCCAUCGUUUAAAGAAUUUCUUGGUUCUUCGAUUGAUAGCAAUGAUCUCGAUACAUUUCGCGCACCUCAACCAUCAUCAAUUACACCAUUAUCAAUUUCGAACAUUAUACCAAAUAUUCCAAGUCAUAUUGUUGAUGUAAAUAAUUUUCAACAUGGUGAUUCUAUACAAAGUCUAUCGCCAUCAAAUCGUCAUCAUAAUCAACAUCACCAUCAUAAUCGUAAUGUAAGUUCUUCCUCUUCAUCGUCAUCAUCAUAUCAUCAUCAUCAUCAUAAUCAAUCGCCAUCAUCAACAUCAUCCAUCAAUCAUAAUAAUCGUUUUAGCCAAAAUAAUCGACAUGGACAAAAUUAUUCAAAUAAUCGACAACAAAAUAAUACGAACAAUAGAUGGAAAAAUGGAAGCGGUGGUGGUGGUGGUGGAUGGAAAAGAUAUUAGCGAAAAUGUCUUAAUAAAUUCUGAUUGCGGCUGUAAUAUAUAUUUUUCUUCCCAUUAAUACAAUUAUUUUUUCUUUUUGCUCUCAUAUUUGUAAUGAAUUGCAUACCUUUAAUGUAAUCAUGG